UACCACCUCUCACAAUAAAAAAAAAAUACCUCAAACACUUCACUUCUCUCUCUCUCUCUCUCUCUCUCUCUCCGCCAUGGCUAGCCCAACUCUCUUCUUUGCCAUUGUUCUCCUCAUCCAAGGUGUUAGUUCGACUACGUUUACGUUCACCAACAACUGCCCCUACACGGUGUGGCCCGGGGCGAUCUCCGGCGCUUCGUCCCCGCUGCUCCCGUCCACUGGGUUCGAACUCCAGCAGGGGGCCUCCCAGAGCCUCCAGGCGCCGUCUCAGUGGUCGGGCCGGAUGUGGGCCCGCUACCAAUGCUCCACCGACUCGUCGGGGAGGUUCUCGUGUGAGUCCGGCGACUGUGGCACUGGGCAGAUCGCAUGCGGCAGCUCCGGCGGGGCCCCGCCGACGACGCUGGUGGAGUUCACCCUGCAGGGCUCGGGUGGGCAGGACUUCUACGACAUAAGCAACGUCGAUGGCUUCAACGUGCCCGUGUCAGUCGCCCCGCAGGGCGGCGGUCCCCCGGGGAGCUGCAGCUCAACGGCGUGCGCCGCCAACAUCGACGGGGAAUGCCCGCAGGAGCUGCAGUACACGUCGCCGUCCAACGGGGCUGUCAUCGGCUGCAAGAGCGCGUGCUUGGCGUUCAACACCGACCAGUACUGCUGCCGGGGCGCCUUCGGCAGCCCCAGCACCUGCAAACCCACCAACUACUCGCAGUUCUUCAAGAAUGCAUGCCCUCAGGCGUAUAGCUACGCGUACGACGAUUCCUCCAGCACGUUCACGUGCACUGGGGCGAAUUAUCUCAUCACUUAUUGUCCUAAUUAGGGUUUAAAACCUCCAAUUGCCUCCAUGUGGUUUAACGCAUUAUCACUUCGUCGUCAUGCAGUUUAAAAACGUAUUAUUUUGCAAACCAUAGAAUGACAAAGUGAAAAUGCGCUGAAACAUAUGGAGGCUAAUUAGGGUUUACCCUAGGAAUUAAUAUAUAUAUUUAUGAUACUAUACAAUAAGAAAAAUGCUGUCUGUACACCUAUUUAUAGGUGUAAAUUUUACAAUUCUUUCAUCCUAGAGUUCAUAAAAAUCUAAAUUGGAAUUUAGUUUAAAAAAAUUGAUUAGAAAAGUAGAGGGUGAGAGCUCUUGGAUCAGUGGGAUGUAAAAUGUACAUCGAGUCUAGAAGUGUAUACCUAGCAUUGCUCAUACAAUAAAGUGUGUAGUGUUUCAAGCGUUGCUGCCUUGAAACAUAUACUGUAGCAAAAUUUACUAGUAAUAAUUAUCUUAUGAUUGAUAUGAUUGAUAUUACUA